CUCGAACAUCCUCGGUACUUCGGUAGACGUAGGCGUAUCAGGCCGUCGAUAUGUACACCUAUGGUUCUGACACUGUAGACAGCGGGAUGUGUUCAAAGUGGGCGUUGGCAAGUGCAGUACGUCCAAGUCCCACAGGAUGCGCGGGGUACGUAGUUAUGGGGUGCUAGGUGGUGUGAGGAACGAGCCGUGGAGAUGUUCAUCGUUGGUCGGGAUGGCGCCGGUCGCGCUUUCCCGAAAUGCCGCCCUACGUUCACCUUCACGUCGUUGGCCCCACGAACAAGCCAUGGUGAAUAGCUGCACUUGCGCACCAUUCACUCUGCUUUCGCUGACGCCAAUUGUUUUUGCAUUGCAAGAUUGUCGAAACAAUGCUGCUCCCCAGCUCACAGUGCCCCUGGCCCGGGCGCAAGCUAUGUUUCCGGGAGCUCCCCCCACCCACCCCCUCUCCUCUGCCCUUCCCUGGGUUGCUCCCACAUGAACCCAGUAAACCCCUCACUUGUCUCCGCGUCCGAUAAACCCACCUCCCGCACCUCCCGCGUCGCCAUCUCUUCUUUUAUCUUCGCAUUCCUAUGCGAGCUUUGCUCAAGCGGAUUCCUGCUCAUCGACAGCUUCU